AUGGCAUCAAGAGCACCCCUCCGCCCCGGAGUCUACUGUCCCACAGUCACCUUCUUCCACCCCGACACUGAAGAACUCGAUGUCUCUGCCAUUCGCAAACAUGCCGUCCGUCUCGCCAAAGCCGGUCUCGUGGGUUUGGUCACCAUGGGUUCCAACGGUGAGGCCGUGCAUUUGACCCGCGAAGAACGCAAGACUGUUACCCGCGAGACCCGCUCUGCUCUUGACGAAGCUGGAUAUAAAAAUGUUACUAUCAUUGCCGGCGCAAGUGAGCAGAGCGUUCGUGGCACAGUCGAAUUGGCCAAAGAAAGCGCUGAGGCUGGUGCUGAAUAUGUGCUCAUUGUGCCACCCAGCUAUUACCGCUAUGCUGUCGGUAACGAUGAGUCGAUAUAUGAAUUCUUCACUGCUGUAGCAGAUCAGUCGCCCUUGCCGGUGAUUCUGUAUAACUACCCCGGCGCCGUGGCCGGUAUUGAUAUGGACUCCGAUCUCAUUAUCCGCAUAUCUCAACACCCCAACAUCGUCGGAACCAAGUUCACCUGCGCAAAUACCGGAAAAUUGACUCGAGUUGCUCGCGCCCUCGAUGCCAUCACUCCCAAGUCUCCCUUCCCUACCAAACCCGUAGGACCCAUCACAAAGACCGCCGCCAAUCAUCCAUACGUCGCAUUCGGUGGUAUCGCUGAUUUCACACUGCAAACACUUAUCUCUGGCGGAUCGGCCAUUAUCGUCGGUGGCGCAAAUGUGAUUCCUCGUACCUGUGUCCAGGUCUUUAAUCUCUGGAGCGAGGGAAAGAUUGCGGAAGCAUAUGAGCUUCAGAAGAUCCUUAGUGCUGGCGACUGGGUCCUGACCAAGGCCGCGAUUCCGGGCACAAAGCAGGCCAUCCAGCAGUUCUAUGGAUAUGGCGGCUAUCCUCGCCGUCCGUUGGGUAGAUUGAACGAGACCAGUAUUAAAAGUCUCGAGAGUAACUUGCGGGAGGUUAUGGAGGUGGAGAAUGGGCUCCCGGACUUCGCAUGA